AAAUAUCAAAAAUGGCCCCAAUCGCCCCCAAAAAGCGCACCUCGAUGCGCGCCAAGGCCGCCCGCGCAGCAACAUCAUCCUCAUCCUCAUCCUCGGCGGCCCCGAAGCGCACAGAGACAAACAACAUAUCCUCCCUCCUCGCCGACUCAAAACGCGACCGCCGCCAGAUCAAGCGCUCGUCCUUUCUCUCUCAGAUCGCCACCAAGAGCUCGUCGGGCAAGAUUACAAAACGGCGCAGGCCAUCCAAGAAGCUCGCCGCGAACCUCGAGUCCCUUGCAGAUGCGCUCCCGGACCUGGACGAGCUGGAAGAGAGACCCGAGCCGGGCAAGGUGCGGCUCAAGAGUAUCAGGAGUAGACCGGGCGCCCUCAAGCGCAAGGAGAAGCUGCUGAGGGCCGAGACCAAAAACAUAGGGCUCAGCAUGGCGUAUCUGAACAAGCUGAAAGCUGAUGGUGGGGGCGCUUCGAGUGGGGGAGAUCAGGAUGAGGCUAUGGGCGGCGCGAGGGAGCAGGAUGAGAAGACGGGAGCUGGGUCGGAAAAGGUUGCCCCGGCGGCGCCCUCAUCGACCGCGAGCAGGUGGGCGGCAUUGAGGGCGCACAUCUCAGGGACUAUGGAGCAGAAUCCUGCGUUUCUGGAGAAUAAGUGACUUUGAUCAUUUUGUCCUCACAAGUCAUCCUCUACCGGGUCAGGAAAUUAC